UGUUCCUGGGAUACGCCACGCUCAGUCCGGCCUCGGGGCCUUUGCACUGGCUGUGUCCCCUGCCUGUGAUGCCAUUCUCCUCUGCCUGGCCAACUGCUACGUUUAUUCAAGUCUGGACCCUGUCAUCGGCUCCUCAGGAAGGCACUCCGGGACCCCCAGAUGGGGGCGGUUCCCUGUGACUCCUGGCACAGAGCCCAACCCCUUCCUUGUUCAAUGGUUCCUUGAGGGACCAUUCCCAUGUGAUUAUCGACCAUUCGGCAGGCGUUCAAAGUCAAAAGCCCCACACUGAGUCCUGGCCCAGCGCCCUGUACCUGUUGGUUGCUGGAGGGACAGACAGGGGGCGUGCGGCUGACCAUCCCGUGCCUGCAGGCUGAGGAUGCAGCGCUGGAAGGCGGCGGCCUUGGCCUCAGUGCUCUGCAGCUCCGUGCUGUCCAUCUGGAUGUGUCGAGAGGGCCUGCUUCUCAGCCACCGCCUCGGACCCGCGCUGGUCCCCCUGCGCCGCCUGCCUCGAACCCUGGACGCCCGGAUUGCCCGCCUGGCCCAGUACCGUGCACUGCUGCAGGGCGCCCCGGAUGCGGUGGAGCUGCGCGAGCUGACGCCCUGGGCUGGGCGGCCCCCAGGUCCGCGCCGUCGGGCGGGGCCCCGGCGGCGGCGCGCGCGUGCGCGGUCGGGGGCGCGGCCGUGCGGGUUGCGCGAGCUGGAGGUGCGCGUGAGCGAGCUGGGCCUGGGCUAUGCGUCCGACGAGACGGUGCUGUUCCGCUACUGCGCAGGCGCCUGCGAGGCUGCCGCGCGCGUCUACGACUUCGGGCUGCGACGACUGCGCCAGCGGCGGCGCCUGCGGCGGGAGCGGGUGCGCGCGCAGCCCUGCUGCCGCCCGACGGCCUACGAGGACGAGGUGUCCUUCUUGGACGCGCACAGCCGCUACCACACUGUGCACGAGCUGUCGGCGCGCGAGUGCGCCUGCGUGUGACCCUACCUCACCCGGCCGGCGCGGCGGCCACUCCCCCCGCCCCGACGGCACCACCGGCCGGCCCCGCGACAGACUGCGCGUGCGUAGAGUACGCCGGCGCGGCCCCGGGACUCUCGCGAUAACUGUACGAGAUAAAGUGUGGCAACUCGAA